AUGAGUUUGCGUGAAGAGAGGGAAGAAGAACAUUCUUCCCCAAAUACCGGUAGCACAGGCCGUGGUCUUGGUCUGGCGGCUGCGGCGAUAGGAGUCGGCGUUGGGGCUGCCUUGUACUACUUCUUCAGCAAGCGUGAAAACCCUGAUUCCCAAGGAUCCUCGAGCGAUUGGCAGGAAACUCCGUUCUUCUUGCCAUUUUCCAUUUGCAUGACUCAUCUGCUUCUCGUUUGCUUGCUCCCAUACAGCAUCAUGAAUCACACAGACGAUAGUGACUCGGAAUUCGCUACAACCACUGACACAAGCAUUAAUGACACUGGAUCUGAUAGCGUCUUUUCUGAUGAUGACUAUGCUGACGAUGUCCCUUAUUUAGAUCCCUUUGAAUAUAUGUCAGAUGAUGAUGAUGAUUUAACUAGUGAAGCACCAAGUGAUGAAUACAGUGUGGCCGAUAAGGAAGACAGACAAGCAGAUGCACUGUCGACCCAUUUAGCUCUGGAACUUCAAUUCAUAUGCAUGCCCUUUGUAUAG